AUGAACAAAACACACAUUAACACAUCUACCAGUUCACCAGACGACCAAACAGCAGGAUGGUCCAAGCUCUGGGACACAGAUAGCAGCAACCUCUGGGACAGAGGCAUGCCCUCGCCUGCACUGAUCGAUUUCAUAGAGGAGAGAGUUAACCCACUUACGGAAGACGGGAGGAGGAAAAAAGCACUUGUUCCUGGCUGCGGAAAAGGCUACGAUGUAGUCAUGCUCGCACUGCACGGCUUCGAGGUCUACGGACUCGAAGUCUCAGAAACAGGUGCUUCUGUCGCGCGGGAGUAUGCACGGAGUGAAUUGCACAAUCCGCAGGACUACAACUUCGGUUCCCAUUUUAAGGAGAACCCGGAAGUAGGGAAGGGCGAAGUGACCAUUCUCCAGGGAGACUUUUUUAAAAGAGACUGGGAGGUUCCUCUGUGCGCUUCAUCCGAAUAUGCGUCGUCAGUGGGCUGGGAGAAUGGCUGA